ACCACGUACAAAACCAAUCACAUCACAACAUUCUCAUAGUACCUAUCAAGUUCAAAAUAGCAAUAAAAACAUGGCGAAGCUAGCCUCAAUUGGUUUGAUGCUAACAAUCUCAUGCUUGCUCGCGUUCACGCUCAACAUGAGCGUGGACGCUAGAAAGCAAGAAGACUUUGUCGUCAAGGAAGUCACAGGCUUCCCUGACAGCUUUUGCCGUGGAAAAGAAAAAUUCAUAAAUUUCCGCGUCUUCGUCCAGGAUCUCAGUGUGAACCACCCCAACACCACAACGUACGACGUGGCGCAAGCCUCCAUCACCGCCACCUCCAAGACUGGAUUCGGCAAAGUCCGUGUCAUCGACGACCUCGUCACGGCCGGGCCGGCCGCCAACUCCAAGGCGCUCGGGCGCCUCCAGGGGCUCCUCACAAGAGCCGACCUAAACACGAUAGGUAUAGCGGUGAACCUCAACUUCUAUUUCUCGGCGGGGCCCUUUGCCGGCUACACGCUCAGCAUUCUCGGCCGGAACGAGAUCGCCCUGGCCCAGCGAGAACUCACGGUUGCCGGCGGCACUGGAGUUUUCCGAUUUGCACGUGGAUACGCAAUUCAAAAGACUAAUUCCACCAUAACUAAUGUAUCGGUGUUGGAUUAUAACAUCUACACAACCUAUUGCGCUACAAUCAAUGAGUCUACGCGAUCUCCACGGACGACCCAUUAUCGUUCGGGAAGAUCCUUGUCCUAGACGACGUGAUCACCGGAGGACCAGGGCUCGACUCGAAGGAGAUGGGGAAGUUUCAAGGAAUCAUAUAUGAAGGUGACAGCGAUGGCGACGAGAACCAGUGUGAUGUGAUCAAAAUGUGAGUUGUGAUCAAGAAUAAAAAGUGUGUUUUGGAAUAUACUACAUAUAUUUAGAUGCUGUGCAACGAGAAAUUCCAUACAUGUUUUUAAGUAAAUGGGCAUUGUAGUUGAAUGAUACUAACCUCCGUCUAUUAAAUAUGAUACUCCCUCCGUCCCAAUGUAUUAGACCAACUUUCCUUUUUGGGAUGUCCCAAUAUAUUA